AUGGAGACGUGUAACGGCUUGAUGAGAAAGAAUAAGAGACAAAAAGUGUCUAGAAAUAGUGAUUGGUCCAAGCUUUGUCCCGAUGUUUUGCGGAAGAUAUACGAAACCUUAAGGAGCCCUGUUGAUUCUCACCGCGCAAAAAUCGUUUGCUCGAAUUGGUAUUCCGUUUGGAAAACAUGCGUGAAGAGGCCUCUAUGUCCACUGAGGAUAAUUCACCAAGGCGAUUCUCCCACCGUAGGAGACGGCAACAGAAAACUCAUGGGAUUCUCCUACAACAGCUAUUGUAUGGCUAGCUCCGGAAACUGGCUCCUGAUGGUUGAUCGUUGUCUCAAAUUCUAUAUUUAUAACUUGUUGACGAAGGAAAGGAUCGAUCUUCCAUCGAUGGAGUCAAAAAUACGUGGCGGGCAAGUAAGCUUCAAAUCUAAAAGCAACAAUUACAAUUUUGGAUACUUGGUCGGGCCUUCUCGUAAGGAUGAUAUAGUGCCGUAUGACUAUGAAGCCGUUGAAUGGAAAAAAUCAUUAGCUGUUCUGUGGGUAGACGAGACAACAGGAGAUUAUGCAGUUGCUUGGACUUUUAUGCGACAAUACUUGUUCUCAUACAUAAAAGGAGAUUAUUCUUGGUGUAAUCUGAAUCAUAAUGGGAAAAGUUUGGUUUUGUUUGAUAUGGCUUGUGAGAACAAUAAGCUUUAUUUGUUGACAAUGGAUCAUCACAUCAAGAUUUUCAAUUUCUAUGGAGAUUUUUUAACAGGAGAACAAAACCUGUAUCCGUUUAACUUCGUUGAGGAUCCGUCGGAAUACGUUUGGAAGAGGAAGAUAGUGAUUCGGAGAUCAGGAGAGGUACUGAUAGUCUUGAGCUUGAAAAAAAAAGUGCAAAAUGAAGAGAAACUUUUGUUUUACAUCUUUAAGAUGAAUCUUGAGAGUCGCAAGUGGGAAAGAGUUUAUUGUAUUGGAGAUGAGAUGUUGAUUUUUGGUCGUGGGGUUACAGCUCUUGCUCUUGAAGAUCUUGAUGAUGGGAUAAAGAGUAAUUCAAUCUAUUUCGUCGGCGAAGAUGUUUGGCCAGAUCAUCAAGAACAUGAGCAUCGUGUUUCAAAUUGCGGUUUCUUCGAUAUUGCCACAAGUAAGAUCGAAUGGCCUAAGAAAAUCUAUUGUUUCAUUAAUCAAAAUCAGUGGUUUGUUGGGGGAGUUGCUUAUUAG